AUGACAACAAGACCAAGUUGCGACAACGAGGUCAACCCACUUCUAGUCUUGUAUCUGUUUUUUCAUCUGGCCUCAAGUCAAGCCGACUUGGUAGUUCGGAGUCUGGAGAGCGGAUCUCAAGCAAGUGCAUGCAUGAUCCGAUGUCAGGAUGCCAUGGAAACCGAUACAACAUUCCACUCCGGCUCGAACUGCAGUCUCAAUCUAGACGGUCAUAUGCACUCUGCCAGUGUUCCUUGGCGCGCAGGCCUGGCUGGUCGACGGAGUGGUGAAUUGGUGCGUAUCACUCGAUGCACAAGUUCCUGGCUCGAGUCCGGUACGGCGCGGGGCUGA